AGGAGGACUUGUUUGAUGAGGAGCCACCUUACGCGUGUGACCCCCACCACAAUGGCAUUGACAAAUUCAUUGUUUGCCAAGAGGAGCUGAUGGGCCUUUUUGCCAUCUGUCCGGCCUGUUGUGAGAGGUCAGAUAGUAGCAUCGUGCAGCAGGAAGGAACUUUUGUUAAGAUCAAGCAGGUCUGUGCAUCAUGUGGCUACCACCGUUUCUGGCAAAACCAACCAAUGCUCCACAGGAACAUGCCGACCUGCAACCUCCUGUUAAGUGGGGCCAUUCAUUUCACUGGAUGUUUGGCCACCCAGACAUUAAGAAUGUUGACUCUGUUUGGCCUGCAGUGCAUCAGUGCGAGCAGUUUCUUUCGCCAUCAGCGCCGCUACACUAUCCCUGUAAUCGUUCAGGCCUGGCAAAAUGAUCAAGCAAAGAAUUUUAGUGACCUACGGGCAAUGGAUGGUGGGCUAGUUCUUGCUGGUGACUGCAGGUCAGAUUCUCCUGGGCACUGCGCGAAGUAUGGAUCCUACUCUCUGAUAGAGGACAGAGUGAACAAGGUGGUGGAUGUUCAGCUUGUUCAGAGCUCAGAGGUCCCCAACAGCUCAUGGUGUGAGCUUGAAGGGCUCAAGCGCAGUGUUGACCUGCUGAGGGGAAAGGACCUGCAUUUGGCAACGCUGAUCACGGACCGUCAUCGCCAGGUAUUUACAAUAAAAAUGCAGUAUAGAAUGUAAAUAUCUGAAUUGCAUUGAAGCUGGAUGUUUGUGGUUUGCUGAUGCACUGAGGGCCACACAGGUCAAUCAUCCACAAA